GCUCAGACCCGCGCAGCCCUUCUCCGAGUGCUGCAGGAAGAUGAGGAAAAGUGGGCCAGCAUGGACUACAGGCCCAGCAACCUGGCCCAAGAUGUUUGUGAGCUGCUGGAAGAACACACGGAGAGAGCGCCCCACAUCAGUCAGGAGUUCGUGGAGAGAAUGGCCCACUGCUGCCUGGGCGGGCUGGCGGAGUUCCUGCAGAGCUUCCAGCAGCGAGUGGAGCGAUUCCACGAGAACCCAGGGAUCCGUGAACUGCCCUCUGAGACCUACAUCAGCAGGACUAUCUCUCUGGUCAACUGUGGGCCCCCCCUGAGGUCUUUGGCUGAGCGACUGGCCAGGGUGGGGCCCCCUGAAAGUGAGCCCGCCCGGGAAGCUUCAGCCAUGGCUCUGGACCGUGUGACCCGACUCUGCCAUCACGUCCUGGCCGAACUGUUAUUCCAGGAACUACAGCCGCACUUCAGCAAGCUGAUGCGCAGGAAGUGGCUGAGCAGCUCCGAGGCUCUGGAUGGCAUCGUGGGCACACUUGGCGCCCAGGCCCUGGCCCUGCGCAGGAUGCAGGAUGAGCCUUACCAGGUGCUGGUGGCCGAACUGCACCGCCGGGCGCUGGUGGAGUACGUGCGACCACUGCUGCGCGGACGCCUGCGCUGUCGCUCCGCGAGGACCCGCAGCCGCGUGGCCGGGAGGCUCCGAGAGGAUGCGGCACAGCUACAGCGGCUGUUUAGGCGGCUGGAGUCCCAGGCUUCCUGGCUGGACCAGGUGGUGCCGCAUUUGGCCGAGAUCCUGCAGCUGGAGGACACUCCGAGCAUCCAGGUGGAGGUCGGGGUGCUUGUGCGGGACUACCCAGACAUCAGGCGGAAGCAUGUGGCCGCCCUCCUGGACAUCAGAGGACUUCGAAACGCAACUGCCCGUCAGGAGAUUCUGGCGGUGGCCCGGGACCUGGAGCUGUCUGAAGGUGGUCCCCUGUCGCCCCCUCGGGACCGCGCCUUCUUUGCGGACAUCCCCGUGCCCCGCUCCUCCUUCUGCCUCGGCCUCCCUCUCUUCUUGGGGCGCCUCCCGGUCUCCCGGCUGGCCAGGCCCAGCCUGGCUUGUCUGCCCCUGCGGCCUCGGCCUCCUCCGUCGUCAGUUAGAGCCAGAGCCCAGCGCUGAGGCUGCUGGUGCCCAUGCUGCUGCGGAUCCACCCUCCUGCCUCCC